UCCGUUCUUAGUUUCUUACCUGGAGUAAUGGAAAACUCGUCUGUGGCAUCUGCCUCCUCUGAGGCAGGGAGCAGCCGUUCUCAGGAAAUUGAGGAGCUGGAGAGAUUCAUUGACAGCUACGUCCUGGAGUACCAAGUCCAAGGCUUGCUGACUGAUAAAACGGAGGCGGAUGGAGAGAGCGAGAAGACGCAGUCCAACGUCUCGCAGUGGACGGCGGAUUGUAGUGAGCAGCUUGAUGGCAGCUGUUCCCCGUCAAGAGGGAAGGGUUCAUCAUCUCACGAACAAAAUCAGGAAGAGUGGGAUCGCAGCAGCAGUGGCAGUUCAGGAUCCCGGCCUAGCUCGGGCUCCAGGCGUGGGUCUGGCUCCAGGUCUGGCAGCCGCGGGAGAAGCAGCCAGUUCAGUCGCUCGACCAAGAAUGGCAACAAAGAGAGCUCCCUUGACAUGCUGGGCACGGAUAUCUGGGCAGCCAAUACCUUUGACUCCUUCAGUGGUGCAACGUGGGACUUACAACCUGAAAAACUAGACUUCACCCAAUUUCACAGGAAGCUGCGAAACACCUCCAAACACCCGCUGCCUCACAUAGACAGAGAAGGGCUUGGCAAAGGGAAAUAUGAGGAUGGCGACAGCAUCAACUUGAAUGACAUAGAGAAAGUCCUUCCUGUGUGGCAGCAGGGUUACCAUCCUUUGCCUCAUGAAGCUGAAAUCGCACACACCAAAAAGCUGUUCAGAAGGAGGAGAAAUGACCGAAGGCGACAGCAGAGACUUCCUGGUGGGAACAAAUCUCAGCAGCACACAGAUCAUCAGCAAGGUGGCACCAAACACAACAGGGAACACCAGAAGCUCUACCAGGGAGGCCAGGCCCCUCACUCCUCAGGGAGGCCAGGCCACCACGGCUACAGCCAGAACCGAAGAUGGCACCACAACCAGAAGCACUCACUCAAUGACAAAGAAACGCACAGAAAUGCCAAAGAGACUGAGAAUUUGAAAAUUGAGGACACCUCCAUCUGCACAGUCCAUAUUCCUUUAGAGACGCACCGGGGCCCAGAGGCAGUGGAGAAACAGUCUCAGCAGUACAGCCAGGAGUUGGAAACCAAACGGAAAGACAGUAUUCAUGAGCGCAUCGGAGAAAGACCCAAGAUCAAUUUGCUCCAGUCUUCCAAAGACAGGCUGCGAAGGAGACUAAAAGAAAAGACGCCUUGUCUUUCCCUUUUCACGGACCAGGACGAAGUCACGGUGGAAACCACCAAUCCCCAAAAGAACAAAAUGGACAAAUUAAUUGAAAUCCUCAACAGCAUGAGGAACAACAGCAGCGAUGUUGACUCCAAGCUCACCACGUUCAUGGAGGAGGCCCAGAACUCCACUAACUCGGAGGAGAUGCUGGGUGAAAUUGUCAAGACCAUCUAUCAGAAAGCAGUGACGGACCGCAGCUUUGCUUCCACUGCUGCCAAGCUCUGUGACAAAAUGGCUCUCUUCAUGGUGGAAGGAACUAAAUUCCGGAGCCUGCUCCUCAACAUGUUGCAGAAGGAUUUCACCAUGCGGGAGGAGUUGCAGCAGCGGGAUGUGGAGCGCUGGCUAGGCUUCAUCACCUUCCUCUGCGAAGUCUUCGGCACCAUGAGGAGCAGCACCGGAGAGCCCUUUCGAGUCCUUGUCUGUCCCAUUUAUACCUGCCUCAGGGAGUUGUUGCAAUCUCAGGACGUGAAGGAAGACGCUGUCCUUUGCUGCUCCAUGGAGCUGCAGAGCACCGGCCGGCUGCUGGAGGAGCAGCUGCCCGAGAUGAUGACAGAGCUGCUGGCCAUCGCCCGCGACAAGAUGCUGUGCCCCUCGGAGUCCAUGCUGACGCGCUCGCUGCUCCUGGAGGUCAUCGAGCUGCACGCCAACACCUGGAACCCGCUGACGCCCACCAUCACGCAGUACUACAACAAGACCAUCCAAAAACUGACGGCCUGAGGCGCCGGGCGAGGGCAGGCGGACGGGAGGCGAGCAGAAGACAUGCACCUUACAAGGCAACGGGAUCGCAGCGGAGCGGGAAGCGAGGACCUUUCCGAUUUCCAUACCUAAGGAGACAACCCCCAGCAUGCUUAAGAAUACAUUCGUGGGGUGGGGAGGGAGAAGCAUGUUUCUUUUCAGCCGUGUCGCCAAGUGCCACCCCUCUUCCCUGCCGCGUUUUUGUCUGCGGGUUUCUUUUAUGAAAUCAUUGCUCGAGCAGCGGCGCAUCCCGCCGUGUUAUUGUCUGGCCGGAGAAAGGACAUGGAGGAGCUGAAAAGCAAGGAGAAGUGCGGGCUCGUAUUGUUUGCACGCCCUUCUGCCGGCUUGCCCUCGCCGGCCGGCGGGAGUCAGCGCGCAGCAGAUGUCCCGGGCGGACAAAGCGAGCCACGCACUGCGCCUGACGCCGGCAAUCAGCGGCUUUUGUCCAGCGGGGCUUUCAUUAUUUCUCCUCCCCUCCUCUCGUCUUUGACUUUCUGUCCCCACCUCUGCUCCUUCUGUUCUCCACCCCUCCAAAACCGGAUCUGAGAGUAGGACGGAUUUGUAUUUGCACUGGGUUUUUAUUUUAUUUUAUUUUUAUUUGGGACAGACGGUUGCGAUCGACUCGGAAACGUGGAAGUAACACUAUCACGUGAGCUCAGAAAUGGUUUACAUGAAGAUGCAAAAGUGGAAGGAGAAUUUUAAAGAAGUCCAAAAGCCACUGUAGAAGUACCGUAGCCACAGUUGUCUUGCCAGUAACCUGUUAGAGUAAUUGAAAAAUGUGUGCUCUGAGCUGUUAGCUCCAAGAAACGCAGGAGCCCUGUGGCUGUUUGCUCUUGCUGUUAAAGUCAUGGCAUCCCUCAUCCACUAAACUAUAAUGUGGGGUUUUUUUGUUGUUUUUUUUUUGUUUCUGUUGAAAGUGUGCUUUAUUGUAAUUACUGUCACAGUUGUAACUAUACAUUUAAAACUAGGCCUGAUAUAGUUGGGCUGAAUAACGUACAGGCAAGGGAAAAAUGAAGACUUGAUGUUCUUCUUCAGAAACUUGUAAAGAGAAGACAUGUAUGGCAAAAAGAAAAGCCAAAAAUACAGGUUUCAAGCCUGGCUUUUAACUAGCUGAAUUUCUUAUCCAGUGUAUCUAGGCUUGCGUUGCGUGGGAACGGCUCAAAGGUGGAGCUGUCUGUGUAGCCUUACUGAUAGCGUGUCCUGGAGGGAGCCAAUCUCACGGCAUGGGUAUGUGCUAAGAUGGGAGCGAUGUGCAGGGAGUGCUGACAGCAAGGAGACAGGGCAAGGGCUCGAGGAGGCUGGGGAGACGAGCAAUAGCCCUGAAGCCCAUGCAGGUUGGGCGGAGAAGCGGCAGCUUCUGCACAUCUGGUUUAUGAAGUCUCUGUUCUAGCCCACGAAGAGCAAAGCUGCCCUCCAGACCCUUCCCGCUACUCCAGACCUGCAGCGGGCUGAUGCCUUAAAAUCCUGGGAAUAGUGAUAGGAGUCGCAGAUGUUCAGCAGGUUGCCGGAUUUCACAUGUAGCACAAGGUGAGCGAUAUGUUCCAGGAGGGAUGAGAGCCCAGUACCUAUCGCUUGCACUCGGACAAAAUUCCACCAGAUUUUGAAGUCCUAUUGACUCACUCGGGUUUAUUUCUCGACGUGAAGAUCUACUCUAGCACUGUGUUUGAGUCGUGCUUUGAAGUUGCUCGUUUUGACAGCUCUCUGUUGGUCAAGAGGGGUUUGCCAAGCCAUGACUUCACUUCCUGAAGAGUGACCAGGAAAUGUCAAGACUUGGUGAUUUCCUUAUUUGCUUCUUUCUUGAUGCUUUUACUUACUAAAUCACUUCUGGUGCUUAUUUUGACAAAGUCUAACAGAGCUAGGAGGCAGGAGUUUCCCCUUUUUUUUUGAUUUGUGCAAUGGAAGGCGAGCUAAAGAAACCAUAACCCCGCCAUCUCAUCUUGUCAUCUAAGCGACCACUAGUCAAGGAGGUCGUGUGGUGAAGAUCCACGUGUGACACCUAGCUGACUUGAGUGUCACCGCAGGUCUAGGAACCCGCUUAGGAACUGCCGAGUUUACAAGACACACACAAAACUGUUUUCAGAGACAGUUUGUAGUUGGAUCAGUGCUUGAAACACCUACGUGUGUGAUUGGAGAAGUAUACUCCGAUUCUUUUUCUCCGUUUUCUUCCCGAUAUUCAGUAUGCUUACCUUUCCCUUGCUAAGAAGGGAAUUCUCUCCACCCUGCGGAAGAGGAGCAUGGCUUUAGCCGAACGCAGACCUGAGCCAGACACUCAGCCCCAGACAGUCAGGAUCUGAAUUCUGCAACUCAAACCCGUUUUUCCAAUUGAGAUGUUGUGUUUGUGCCAGCUUAUAGAGAAGAACAGAGACUUUGUCUGUGUUUUUCUAGAUGUUCAGUAGGUUCUGGGGUGGUGUAUGAAGAUACUGGUCUGUCUGUGAUGGGGAGGAAGCUUUCAUGCAGCACACAGCAGAACUCGAGGGACAAAUUUUCGACAGAGAAAAUGCUGCAGGAGGAGAGAAUCUGUAUUUUAUGGUUCAAUACUAUUUGAACUUUUUGUCUGAUUGCUGAUACCUCUUCUAAUCUACACAUAAAGCCAGCGAAAAUGUUGCAGGGAACAGAAACUUCAAUUUUCAUGUCUAUCAAGAAAGCAGUAAAAUAACCUCAUCUGCUGGACAUCUCUGGAAAGACUAAUUUCGAAGAUAUAGCAUCAACCAGUCAUGCCUGGGAGAUUAGUAUGGUGAAGAUGACUUCUUGCAUUAGGUCAGCUCCAUCAGUUCUGCUGUCAAAAGGCAAGAAUGGUUGAUAGUAAACAUUUCUGGGAAGCUGAACUUCAUCAAAGUAGCAAAAACCAUCAGUAUUGUAUGGACCAGGAUUGCAUCCUUUGCUUUUGGCCUUUCCUGCUUUCCUGGAAAUUAGACACAGCCAGCCCAAAUAUUAAUUGGGUAGCCGUAUCUAUUGAGCUGCUGCUACUUUUUCAGAUUCUAGGAUAAGACUUUAAAAACAAUUUUGUCUUGAUUUUUUUUAAGAGAAGAAAAAUCAUGUAAUGCAGGCACAGCCUGACAGGUAGGUGUGCCAAAGAGCCUGGCUAGGGCAGUAAAUCCGCCGGUGGCUGCCCGUGCUCUUCCUGAACCGUGGAGCAGUCAGGACUGCAGAUUCUGCAGCUUCCAUCUGCUGUUUUCCCCCUGUAUUUGAAUGUAGUGAAAGAAGGAAAAAAAAAAGAAAAAGAAAAGAAAAACCCAGAGGAGAGCUGGAGAUUUUGUUUCUAAAACCUGAAUUUUCACCCGGCACUGCGUUAGGAGACAUUCAGAGGCAAAGCGUGAGCCUCGUGACAGUAAUUCUGCUUAAGGGCUUCCCCAAUGCCAGGCUUGAGGGUUUAUUCAGUUUUUUUUCCUUUAGUAGAGGUUGCCAUUGAGGUGCAGUCUUGUAACCUAAGCUGACCGGAUCUGGGCCAUAAUGCCUCAAUGCUGGGAUUUCUCCCAAACUUUGAGCAGCAUCUAAGAACUUAUUCUGAUGUGAAAUCUGUCUUUUAUAAUGUCUGUGAUUUAUCUUCACCAUUGCAUUAACACAUCUUCAUUCAAACAUUAACUGCUUUGUAACAGAGUACUUCAGUUGCUCCAUUAAUACGUAAGAAUCUAAAUGUUGACAAAAAAUGUAUUUUUUCGUGAAAGUCUGUGCUGCCAAUCAUAUCUUUUUAAGUCCACCAGUGACAAGCCAGCGUACGUAUGGUGUCAUUAACCACUGCAGCAUUACGAACAAGCGACUCUCCUCCAGUAUUGCCUCUGGUCUGAGGUUUCUCCUUGGGUUUGGUUUCCAGGUUUCAGAAUCCGGCAGCCACAUCUGAAGGUUGAGUCUGAAAGAGAGAACGGCACCGGUGACUCACUGGUGUUGGUAUCACCCGCGGGAGAAAGCACUCCGCAUUGGCAGCGCCUCCCAAAAGAGAGAUUCUGGUGCAGUGGGAUGAGGAGAACCUCACUAAUCUCCGCAGAGCAGAUCUGGGCAUUUGGCACUGUUCUCAUGAUGUCUGGGGAGAGCACCUAGAGAAAUUGUUGAGUGCUUUCGUCUGUUUUUUGGCAUCCUUUAGAAGAGGUCACCAAAGAGUGUAAUUCUGUAAGGUGCAUCAAGUGGAUUUUUGAAGCUGUAAAGACGCUUUGUACGUCUCCCAGUUAUUAUUAGCCAGAGUUGCUCUUUGCUUCUCAAUGUACCUGACUGGGGGGCUUCAGACAUUGCCCUCUCUGGCUAAAUCAGCCGGGAGGAGAAUAUCCUCCUUAGGCCAAAUACGUGUCAGGCCAAAUCUUGGGCUGGACAUGAGCAGGCAAAUCACUAUCCCUUUAUGGAAGCGCUCGGAUGAAGAGCAGUUUCAGGAUGGUUAGUCCUCUGCCAGAACCCAUACGGUAUCCAGUUCGCCUCAUUCUGACAGCAAUUAUUUCUGAACCGAAGGUUUUACCUUUCCGCAAAGUGGCUCCCUCGUUUCCCCAGGAGGGAUUGCACCCCUGUUUGGAGAAGACUCAUUUGCAUGGAGGUGAAGUGAAAACAGGGAAAAAAUGGUGAAGUAGGCAAUCUGCUUGGUUCCCUUUUUCUCCCAAAGGAGAUUAAUUAGUAUCUAUUCUUGGCAUGAUUGAUGGCUUAGAAGGAAAGCUUGUCAGAAUAACUUAUGAUUUAUUUUCGUGCUUAUUUUUGUAACAUCCCUCACUUGGAAAUCUCUCAAAAUCUUAAAUACGAUUUUUAUUAUUUCCCCACCGAGUACUUUAUGGCUUUACACUAAUUUUGCUCUUCUUGAUGUUAGCUAUUAGCCGGUGAUACUUCUAGCAUUUUUCAGGAGGAAUGACACUAAAGUUUCAAAGUCCACUGUCAAUAGCCAAGGGAGCUGUGGUGUCCUGCAGAACACAGAGUUAAUGCUAGCAGUUCAUUUUUUUAAUGUAUUUAUUUGCGUUUGAAAAAAGCAACAUUUUUAAUUUAAUCAUAUUUGUUAAACUAAGCGCUUUAAAACAAAAAAAAAACAAAAAAAGGAAAAACGUUUGGGGGAGAAUAAAGAUUAGAUAUUCAUACUAGAGACAAAAAUUCAUCAUUUUCAGCAUUUCAGAGACUGUUAAAGCAAGGGAGCUAAUAACUCUUUGUGGCAAUUCAGUCUUGUUUAUAGAACAUCCAGACCCACUGUAUGCUAUAAAAUGCAUCAUCUGAGUAAUAAAUGUUUAAAGCCUGACAUUUCACCAUCUCUUUGUUGGUAUGUGCUAUCAGUUUUGGUGGUCUAAAGAGUUUUCUUUUUCUUUUUCUUUUUUUUUUUUUUUGGCUGGAAAUGAAGGAAGAUGUGAAAAAAACUAACCGCGCCUGGCCCAAACCGCAGCAGAGGGUUCGAUCCUGCCCUCUCAGUUGGUUGCCUGGCCACGGGCCCCGAUGGGAGGACUCAGCACCAGGUGGAGGGUGGUGCGAGAGGGUCGGGCCCCAGGGUAUCACUGCCACGGUGGGGUUUGAGGUCCAACAGGAUGCUGGGGAGCUGGCAUGGAGGGUCUGGAGACCUGCAGGAGCUGGGGUUUGACUCCUGUUGACUUCGGUGGCAGCUGAGAGCAUGACUAAAUACCUCAGCAUCAGGGUUCUCUUGUGUCACUUCGAGGAGAUAUCGUUCGGUCUUUUGGGGAGGGAUUUGCUCAUUUUUGUUGCUGUUGUAAAAGUCUGCAGUUUAAUAUAUGCAAAACCUCACUUGCCAAAACUAUCAUUUUUAUUACGUUGUGGUUUCGUCUAAACAGAUGACAAAUAGUACAACUAUUGCAGUGAAUUCUGAUAUCGAUCACGGAAUAAAUAUGAAAAUCAA